AUGAAUGGAGACUCAGAGUCUCAGGUAAACAUCAGAGACUCAAUUCAACAGAACUCCCCGAUGGUCAUAAACAAGAACUAGUUCGCUUAAAUCAUGAAGAACUAGACCAUCAAUUUGAAUGCCACAAUUCAAAGCACAGACGGCGGCGAUGGACUGAGUCAAAGAGAUUAGAAUAAUCAAAAAUAAGAAUAAAGGUCGCAACGAAAUAGAAGAAAUAGCCGCAAUACUAUUAAGAACUCACUCGUAGUAAAUAAUCAAGUCAGGAAUGAGAUAGCUUUCUCGCCCAUUGGAGGUCCUGAGAUUGCUGCUCAGUACACAAUGAGGGAUAUGAAAAAUAUACCAUCUCCCUCAUAAAAUCAGUAAAUAUAACAAUAAUUGCAGUUAUCACUUAACAAAAACACUAUAGACUCAUUCAAAAUUGUCCCCAAUUAAAAAAACUAGAACCAGUAAUAGCAGCAAUAAAGCAUAUAAGUAGACUAGUAGGUGAGAGUGCCUCCAAUCUAAAAUGGAUUCUACUUUAAUAAUGGCUUACCAAGUCCAACUUAGAAUCAAGGAAAUCAGUCAGGUCGUUACCAGCAAAACCUUGGCUAAUAAUAAAAAAAUCCAGUGCAUAACAGAGUUCAAUCAUUGGAGAUUCAGAGCAUCUAUAAGAAUCAGACUAAUGGAAACCAAUCCAAUCAGAUGCCAUCAAUUACAGCAGUGAAUUCACCUAAAAAUGUUGCAGCUUCACUAAACAAUUCCAUUGAAAAGAUUAACAAGGGUAUAAAUGAGAGCAUAAAGGGAAGCAAUAAAGAAAUUCAGUUAAUCUAGGCUUAUCAACAGCAAAAGUGGAAGGAGCAGGUCAAUCAAAGAAAGAUGAAAGGUGGUUACAAUGCUAAAAGUCUUGACAUCUAGGCUGAGAUUGCGAACGGUACAUAUGUUGGAGGCUAGAAAGAUUAAUUUCUUUCAGCUAAAAAUAGCGUUUAAAAUCCUCAUUUUUAAAUUCCUCAAAAUAAAAACCAAAAUGUAAGCUAAAAGCAGUAUAGAAUCAUUGGAGGAGGGAGUUUAUCGAGCAGACUUUAGCAAGAAACUAUGAUGCAAGAAUCCACAGAUGACAGUCAAAAAUUCCCCUUGACUUGCGAAGAGGCCUACAAAGCUCUACAGCCAUACUUAUGGGAAUAUGAAAAAUAAGAAAUUCUAGAGUAUGAUAUGAUCUACUUUUUCAACAUAAAUGAGAGAAGAAAAGGACUUUCAAGCAUGCUACAGUCCUCUCUUGGCAACUAAAGCUAGUAAAAUCAAAUGGGCUCUAACAAUAGCAAGUUAAAUAACUAUGGCUUUGACAAUGAAAAUAAUGAAUACAACGUUAUCAUGCAUGAACACAUUGCCUAUAGGUAUGAAGUUGUUAAAAAGUUAGGAAAGGGUUCAUUUGGUAUAGUCCUUAGAGUCUUCGAUCAUAAAGUAAAGGAAUUUAUGGCUUUAAAAAUUUUGAAAAACAAAAAAAGGCUUUAUAAACAAGGUCUUGUUGAAGCUAAACUUAUAGAGACCUUAAAUAAAGCUGAUCCUGAGGAUAAGAAAAACAUAAUAAGGAAACUCGACUAAUAAGUAUUUAGGAAGCAUCUUAUUAUAACUUUCGAAAUGCUCAGUAUAAACCUAUAUGAGUUUAUCAAAAUGAAUAACUUCCAGGGAUUUUCUCUCAAUCUUAUCAAGAGAUUUGCAAUUUAGAUUCUAAUCUCUUUAUUCUUCAUGAAAGAGCAUAACAUUGUGCAUUGCGAUAUGAAGCCAGAAAAUAUUUUACUUAGAAAAUUAAACAAAUCUGGGAUUAAGAUUAUCGAUUUUGGAAGUGGUUGCUUUGAAAAUGAAAAGAUUUACACCUAUAUACAAUCAAGAUUCUAUAGAGCUCCAGAGAUUGUACUAGGAAUACCCUAUACAGCAGCUAUUGAUAUGUGGAGCUAUGGUUGUAUUCUCUAUGAACUAUUUGUUGGAUACCCUUUAUUUCCUGGAGAAGAUGAAAAAGAGCAUAUGGCUAUGAUGAUGGAAGUUAAAGGAGUUCCUCCUAGAUCAGUUCUAGCAAGAUCUACCAGGAGAAAAGUCUUCUUUGAUGAUGAUUAUUAACCUAUUUUGGUACCAAACACUAGAGGUAAAAUUAGAUAGCCGAAUACAAAGAACCUAUAAAAUAUAAUGAACUGCCCCGAGAAAGACUUUAUCGAUUUUAUAGAUAGAUGUCUUGAGUGGAAAGUUGAAGGAAGAUUGACUCCAGAAUAAGCUUUCUCGCACCCAUUUAUUGCCAAGGCUGUAUAAGAGCUUAAAGGCAUGCGAGGUUAGAGUGAAACAUAGAGACAAAGUAGCAAUAACAAUAGUGGAGCAGCAAUUUAGUAAAAACCUUCUUAAAAUUCCUAAAAGGAUCAAGUCAAUAAUAGUAGUAAUAAUAACAAUCAAAACUCGAUGUCAGAAUCAAUGCUUCCCUAGAUAAAUUUCAAGCAGUGA